AGUAGACCAAACAAGACACAUUAAUUAAACACUUCAUAUGUUGUUUUUGUACUCUAUGGACAACCAAAUGAACAUGGGUCGAUUUGUCAUAUGUGUUAUUUUACUAAGUUUAUUUUGGAUUAAUGAAGUAAGCUUAGUCCUCGGAGAUAUUGGCACUGCUACUUCUUAUAAUCCCCCUUAUACCCCCACCAAGUGCGGCGGCAAUCGGGCGGAUCAGUUCCCGUCGGGGAAUCUGUUCGUGGCGGUGAGCGAAGGGCUUUGGGAUAACGGAGCCGCCUGCGGCCGCCGUUACAGGUUGAGAUGCUUGAGUGGAAACAAUAGGCCAUGCAAAGAAGGAACUAUUGACGUAAAAGUUGUGGAUUAUUGCACCAAAAGACCAUGUCCUUCUACUAUUGUUUUGUCCAGUGAUGCCUUUGCUCAAGUCUCCCAUUCUCAAAAUGCCAAAAUCAACAUUGAAUAUGUCCAGAUUUGACGACAAACAAACUACGUGAAGCUUAGGAAUAUGAAAUUGUCUUCCUUCAAAAGAAGCUAUGAUAUAUAAGUACUAGCUAGUUCAACAAUAUCUCAACUUCUUUUUAGCAGUUAAAUUAAAGGAGAUAAUUGAGAUAUCUUUGAUGUAUUUUAAACACCUUUUUGAGCAAACAUAUUGUUGCUCCCAGAUACAAAAAUGAUACUA